AUGAGACACCACACUUUGUUACACAAGGGAACGGAAACCCAAUCAACAAACACAUACCUAGCUCGAGUGGAAGCACAACCUAGUAACAGUGCUGCCACUCUUACAAAUCAAAUACAGUCCACUACGAAUCAAGAAUCAACUACUGUCACUACUUUGGCCCUUCAGGAUACACACGUUGAGACUCAACAAUCUGGGGGAACUUUACUUUUCACGGCUAUCGUACAAAUUGAAGCCAAAGGACAACUUUACGAUGCCAGAGCACUCAUUGACUCUGGAUCACAAUCAACAUUUAUCUCGGAAAAAAUGAAGAACCUUUUGAAACUGCCAACUCGCAGCAACUUGAUCCAUGUAACAGGACUCAGUCAAUUUGUUUCGGAAACUUCAACGAAGUCUUGCUUAUUCACCAUGAGAUCCAAAUACGACCCUAGCUUUAAACUGGAGGUAUGGGCUCCAGUUUUACGAACGUUACCUUCGAAUCUGCCACCACAAAACUUAGAUAAAUCACAACUUAGAGACAUUACAUCAUUGGAAUUGGCUGACCCGAAAUUCUACAUCAGUCAACCCAUUGACUUACUUAUUGGAAUGGACAUAGGACCAUUAAUAUUCACAAUUGGAACACCAAUGAAGAUAUUUGGAUCAAUUUUGACACAGCAAACCAAAUUUGGAUGGAUUGUUGGAGGACCCAUACCAGGAAAUACAAUACAAAGGAAUCAAAUUUCAUUACUUAGCACCACAUCGAUUGAGAAGGUACUUACACGUUUUUGGGAGGUGGAAGAGACCCCUAAAAAAGUUUUACGGUCAGAGGAAGACCAAUUUUGCGAACGCAAUUUUACUGAAACAACCAUACGGAAUAAGGAUGGAAGAUAUGUGGUGACUCUCCCAUUCAAAAAAUGCGAGGAAUUAGGAAAUUCCAGAAACAUCGCCCUGGCUCAAUUCUACAGAAUGGAGAAAAAACUCAUGAAAACCCCCGAGAUAAAGGAACAGUAUGAUAAAUCGAUACUCGAAUACUUAGAACUUGGACACAUGCGAAAAAUUCACAAAAAUGAAAUUGAGAAGAGGCCAAAUUAUUAUCUGCCACAUCACGCAGUAAUAAAACCAGAUCGACUCACUACGAAAUUAAGAGUGGUUUUUAACGCCUCAUGCCCCUCAGCGAACAAAACAAGUCUUAAUGAUAUACUAUUUCCUGGGCCCAUUCUGCAACAGGAUUUAGUACUACAAAUCCUAAAAUGGAGAGUUUUCAAAUACGCAUUUAAUGCAGAUAUAACAAAGAUGUACCGACAAAUACUUUUGGAUCCGACUCAAACUAAAUUUCAAAGGAUUCUCUUCAGACAAACACCUGAAGACCCAAUUGAAGAUUAUGAGCUGCUGACAGUUACAUUUGGAGUUAAUUGCGCACCAUAUUUGGCACUGAGGACACUUCUAAAACUGGCAGAGGACAUACAGGAGGUGUAUCCAAGAGCCGCGAAUAUAAUUUUAAACAAUUUGUACGUUGAUGAUGUGCUAGCUGGGGGACACACGAUAGAGGAAUCCAUAAAAGCCCGCAAGGAAUUAACGGUCGCUCUAGCCUCUGCGGGAUUUCAACUUAUGAAGUGGGCAUCAAAUGAUCACAAAAUAAUAAAUGAUAUUCCACCAGAAGAACUAUUACCUCUCAAUUGGCUAGACAUUUCCGAAGAUGCCUCCACAAAGACACUGGGAAUUCGAUGGAAUAUUUCUGGAGAUUUUUUCACAUUCACACCGCCACUAAUGGAAAAUAAAAAUACUUCAACAAAACGAGAAGUUUUAUCAACAAUAGCCAAGUUGUUUGACCCUUGCGGUUGGCUGGCACCAGUCGUGGUUGUAGCCAAACUAAUAAUGCAACAAAUCUGGCUAGACAAAAUUGACUGGGAUGAUCAAUUAAAGCCAGUAACCCAGAUGAAUUGGAACAAUUUUGUUAAAAAUAACAUGGCCGCCAAUUUGUCCAAUCAAGGCUGGAGAUUAGCCGAACGCAGCUCCAGUCCCGACAGAGCAGCCCGCCACCCUAGCAGAGGGAACAGAAAUCCCGAACAUACAGCCCGUAGCCCCACCCGCGCUGGACGACCCAGUUCCUCGGAUCGCCGAAGAAGCCGGUCCAAUGCCCGACCCCAGCAACGCCGCGAAAGGCCCAGUUUUGGCAGUAUUCGUGUGGUCUAG